AUGGCCCAUGACUUUUGCAAUUCUCAACCCAACGUAACAUUUCGGCGCCUCCUACAACGUCUGAAGAUCACUGCCUCCACAUUCCACCACAACGCUGGAACAUUGUUCGACAUGCCUUCUGAGGAUAGUUUAAGGCAGAAACUAAAAAAGAGGACUAAACAUGUAUUAAGCGCUUCUAGGAAAUCUAUGAGAACUAAGAAGGAUGAAGUUUCUUUUGAAAAUGGGGUUUAUGGUAGAGGAAAUGAGUUCGAGGGAAAGCUGAAGAAAAGGAUGAACUUUAAAGGAAGGCAAUUAAGUGAAGAAAUUGAGGAUAGAGGGAAGUUAAGGACUUUGGAUUCUUCUGGGAAGAAGAGGGUAUAUGCUAAGGAGGGGAGGGAUAAAAAUGGGAAGUUAGAGAAUGGUGUAGCAACAUCUAAGAAGAGAUCAUUGUUUAAGAAAGGUGAGAAGAAAGUGAAAGAUGAUCCUGUUGAAGAGAACACUGGCCACCGUACAAUGUGGGUUCCUGGUAAGCUAAGGAAUGUUGGUUCUAAGGUCAAGCGUUUGACUCACACGGGAAAGGAAAGGAAGGAAAAUGUUGUCUUGGCUACUGCUAAACAGAAAGGCAAGGGAAAAGAGGAGUGUAAAAUGGGAUUUGCUGGGGAAGAUGAUCAAGGAAGUGUUUUGGUGAAGAGAAGUAGAGAAAAGAAAUCUGAAUUGAGCAAAAGGAAAAGUCAAGAAGUUGUAUCUGCAUCAAGUUUUGCCAAGAUAAAAACCAGAGAUAAAGUGGGAUUGGAUGAUGAUGAUGCUGAGACACUAGAUUAUCGCCCAAAGAAGAAGAAAUGGGUGAUCAAAAUUGACCCCCAUGAUAUCUCAAACAAGAGGCUAGAUGAUGGCGUUGGUGUUGAUGGAAGUAAAGAGGAGAAAGAGAAGGAGUCUGAGAAAGAGCCUAAAAUGUCCAAGAAUGCCCAGUUCCGUGCAAUACAGCCUAGCCCUUCAAUACUUUCCUUUGUGGAAAAAAAUCUUCUGGGCAGGAGACGCACGAUUGACCUAAGAAGGGCAGGUUACAAUAUAGAUCUUUCUGCACCCUUAGAUAAUAUUCCAUUCUCUAGCAGUUCAGAAAGAGAGAAAAUCGAAGAAAAUGUUUUUAGGAAUAAAUUGGAUUUUUUUGCUGCCGCAGAGGUCUCAUCAUCAUUUCCACCUCCUAAUCUUCCUGAGAUUGCAUUUGCUGGUAGGUCAAAUGUUGGGAAGUCAUCGCUUCUUAAUGCAAUCACUAGACAAUGGGGGGUUGUGCGGACAUCAGACAAGCCUGGCCUUACACAGACAAUUAACUUCUUCAAGCUGGGAACAAAGCUUUGCUUAGUUGAUUUGCCAGGAUACGGAUUUGCUUAUGCAAAAGAAGAAGUGAAAGAAUCUUGGGAGGAGCUUGUGAAGGAGUAUGUUUCCACAAGAGCUGGCCUCAAACGAGUAUGCCUUCUGAUUGAUACAAAAUGGGGUAUGAAACCAAGAGAUCAUGAACUAAUUGAAUUAAUGGAAAGAUCAAAAACUAAAUAUCAGAUCGUAUUAACUAAGACAGAUGUGGUCUUUCCAAUUGAUGUGGCACGACGUGCCAUGCAAAUUGAAGAGGCAAAGCCUCUUGCAGAACAAGUCUGUAGUUAA